AUGACCGGCCCGGCCCCUACGCCGGAACCUACGCCGGCCCCGACGCCCCCCCCUACCGAUGAAGUUCCGAUGUGCGACGGCGGAAUUGUCGGCAUCCAGCAGAGCGAUAUAUGCUGCUCCUCAAGCUGCGGGUCUUGCGGAGGUACCGGGUGCACUUCCCGAGACGGUGGAUCCGAAGCCUGCUGUGGUGGAGGAGUCAGGGCCUCCGGUCGCUUUUGCUCUGUUACGGGAGAAGCUCCCUGCAUGACCGGCCCGGCCCCUACGCCAGAACCCACGCCAGCCCCUACGCCGCCUCCUACAGAUGAAGUUCCGAUGUGCGACGGCGGAAUUGUCGGCAUCCAGCAGAGCGAUAUAUGCUGCUCUUCACGCUGCGGGUCUUGCGGAGGUACCGGGUGCACUUCCCGAGACGGUGGAUCCGAAGCCUGCUGUGGUGGAGGAGUCAGGGCCUCCGGUCGCUAUUGCUCUGUAACGGGAGAAGCUCCCUGCAUGACCAAUGAAGUUCCGAUGUGCGACGGCGGAAUUGUCGGCAUCCAGCAGAGCGAUGUAUGCUGCUCCUUAAGCUGCGGAUCUUGCGGAGGUACCGGGUGCACUUCCCGAGACGGUGGAUCCGAAGCCUGCUGUGGUGGAGGAGUCAGGGCCUCCGGCCGCGAUUGCUCUGUUACGGGGGAAGCACCCUGCGUUGUGACUGGCCCGGCCUUUACGCCGGAACCAACGGUCCCUACGCCACCCCCUACAGAUGAAGGCCCGGCCCUUACGCCGGAGCCAACGCCGGCCCCUACGCUACCCCCUUCAGAUGAAGGGGCGACGCCUGUGCCAUCGUCAGCGUCAACUCCCACACCGAUGAUUGCCCCGGUCUCAGACGACACCGUGUGCACAAUGGAGCUGACGGAAGCGACGACAGUACCAACAAUUCUCGGUGGAUCGUCGUUGACGGUGACAUCGUCUCUAUGCGAGUUCGACCCCUCCGCCAUCUUCGAAAUCUUUGCUGUCGGCGAAGACGAUCUCUUGGAGGCCGUGGCCGGAACCGUCAUCGAUGCUGCUACCGCACAGUUCACCUUGCCGUCGUUGCCCACGGAUACCACAACCCGCUCUCUUGGAUGCACCCGCCAAGAGUUUCAGUCUUGGACUGGUGUUCUAUCGGCCAAUCGAGCGGGGACAAGGACACAUGGUCGAAAGCUCCCCGGCGUGACGGUGGUGGCUAGUUCUACUACCGGGAAGAUAAUUGUUGGCAACAUCAUGCUGUACGACCUCGUCAGCCUUUUGGAGUCCCCUCUCGCCAGCGUGAGCGAUACCGAUGGUGCCCCGCGCUCGUCGGUCAUCACGGACCCUCCUUCCGAUCUCCAGCUGGAUUGGGACGCGUCAUCUAUUUCGGCUGAUUCCGUCGAGAUUGUAUUGGCGCUUAUCAUGGAGGACACCGGAAGCUUUGAAGAUGUCGCUGUCUUGGUCGAGGUGCCCAACACGGGGUCGUACCUCAUCCCGUCCACUUCGUUGGACGAAUUUGACCUUGACGGCAGCGACGUCUUCUUCAAGAUUGUCGGCAGCACCGCGAGCCUCACACGUCGUCUCCAGGACAGUGGGAUCGACCCGAUCGUUUUCCCCGAGAUGGUGACCACGGGCCAACUGGAAUGGAUUGAAGAUCUUGACGGGAACGAGUCCAGCACGACCCUGUGUGGAACAGCGUUUGCCGACGACUACUCGAGGUUCACCUAG